UUUAAAUGAUUGUAUUUGUGUGAAAGUGAAGAAAGCGGAUAUUACGCAGAGCACCUGAAGGCAGCGCGCGCGCGAGAGAGAGAGAGAGAGAGAGAGAGAGAGAGAGAGAGAGAGAGAGAGAGAGAGAGAGAGAGAGAGAGAGAGAGGUGGGUUUGAUCAGCUCUUUUCCGCUUUGCUGUGAAAAAGAGGAACAAUAUGGUCUCAUGUGACGCUCCUCCUGUUUGUACCCUCCUGUAGCGGAUCCAGUCCGAGCGGGAGGCUGGAGCUCGAAGCCCCUCUACCUGAAACCAGCACCGGGUCUCCGCCUGCCCCGACAGCGACCAGCCUGCAGGAGAACAGAAAUACACAUAAAUGGUGGAGGCCGUGGUGGAGUUUGACUAUGAGGCUCAGCAGGAUGAUGAGUUGAGCCUGACGGUGGGUGACAUCAUCGUGAACAUACGCCGGGAUGAUGGAGGAUGGUGGGAGGGUGAGCUGGGCGGGCGCAGGGGGCUGUUCCCGGAUAACUUCGUCAGGGAGAUAAAGAAAGAGGGGAAGAGAGAUGGAGGACAUGUGAGCAAAUCUGACCUUUCCAAUGGCAGGGCGAGCCCGGUGUCCGACCUCAGCAUGCGACCGGGAAGGAAAGGAGAGCAAAUUCGUAAGCGGAGAUGUAAAGCUGCGUUCAGUUACGUGCCUCAGCACGAGGACGAGCUCGAGCUGAAGAUCGGAGACGUCAUUGAGAUCAUAGCUGAGGUAGAGGAAGGCUGGUGGGAAGGAAUUCUAAAUGGGAAGACUGGAAUGUUUCCCUCCAAUUUCACCAAAGAGAUCCUACCAGAGUCGGACAUACCCACUACAGACACAACCACCUCACAGGAGGAGCUCCGCAGCAACCGAACCAGUAAGGACAGUCCAGGCAGUGAAAGCGACGGAGGGGAUGGUCGGUCGGAUACAGGAUCAGGAGAAAUCCAGCCUAAGAAGGUUAAGGGCUUCGGCUUUGGUGAUAUCUUCAAAGACCAGCCAAUUAAGCUCAGACCACGCUCUGUGGAAGCAGACACGGAGGGAGAAAAGCAGGUCAGCGAGGGCAAAGCAGCAAGUGUUGCCUUGGAAACCAUGAAGACUGAUCCUGAUGGCAAAGUCAAAGGACGGGAGCAGUGCAAAGUCCUCUUUCCGUAUGAAGCGCAAAAUGAAGACGAGCUGUCAAUCAAAGAGGGGGAGAUCAUCACCAUCAUCACUAAGGAGUGCGCUGACGCGGGAUGGUGGAUGGGAGAGGUCGGCGGCAGGCAGGGCGUCUUCCCCGAUAACUUCGUCAAGCUGUUCGUUCCUGAAGUGGAAAAAGAGAGACCAAAGAAACCGCCUCCUCCCAGCGCUCCUUCAGCUAAACAAACCAUAGAGAAAAAGUCGGAGGUCAAGAAGGUUCCUCCUGAGCGACCUGAACACCUGCCUCAGAGGGACCAGGAUCGAGGUGAGGAGAUGAAGGUUGGCGACAUCAUCAAACCCACCCUCCCAUCUUUCCUUCCCAAGAAACCCCUCCCCCCAAAGACAAGCUGCUCCUCCUCCUCCCAUCCCCCUCGGCGCCCUGAGAGACCGCCGAGUCUCGCGAGUGAAAGCCCAAAGUCUGAGGGCGGGGCUUCGACAACAUUCUCUGCCUCUGACAGGUCACAUGACACUGAUAUGGAUUUGGAUGCAGUGGUCUCAUCUGCAGAGAAAUUGAGUCACCCGACGGCGUCGAGGCCAAGAGUCACAGACCGCCGGCCUCGUUCACAGAUCAUCACACCAUCGUCGCUGCCCACUCCAGAGCUGUUGGACGCCCCUGUGGUGGAGGACAAGAAGGAGAGGACAAAGGAGGAGCAGGACUCAGCCUCUGCCAGAUCUGCAGACGCCUCACUGAGGAAAGGAGUUCCCGCCGUCUCGGUACCUGAGGGUAAGUCAGCGUUGCCGGUCAAGCCUGCUGUUCUGUCCCUACCAAACAGCACCGGCCAUCGUCCUGCCUCGCCGUCUUCCUCCUCAGCUCUAAGUCCCUCCCCUGAGCUGCGGCAUUCCCCUGUGUCCCCGCCCAUGCUGGAGGAACUCAGGAACCAGCUGCGUGACCUGAGGGCUUCCAUAGAACUGCUGAAGAGCCAGCACAGGCAGGAGAUGAAGCAGCUGACCAGUGCGCUGGAUGAGGAGAAGAAAAGUCGGCUUAGUUUACAGAUGGAAGUCGAGCACAUAAAGAAAAGUCUGUCUAAAUGAAGGCUGACACAUUCUCAUCAGAUCGCUCUGAUCACCCCACGGGAUGUCAAAAUGUUGGCUGAGACUUUUCAGCCAAACACGUUUGUGCCAAAUGAUCAUCGAGAUCAGCAUCAGCAACAAUACAGCACCA